AUGCCGCGACUGGCUAGGCACAACGCACCACCACCUUUGUGUGCCGCGGUGCCGCUAGAGGGCCUCACCUCGUCUCCAAAUGCAUGCCUAGAAGAAGAGUUGCAGGCGACGCCGAGUUACAGAAUUUCUCUAGGACCUACGACAUCGGCGAAACCGGUGCUUUCGAAGGAUAGGGAUAGGGAUGCCUCUCAGAGACGGAAGUCCAUGAGAACACCCGAGUUAAGCAGCCGCGCGGAGGACUUGUUCGAGAUAGAGGGCGUCCAGCUCGCAAUCGACAGCUGCAAGAUCGAUCCAGAGAGUGCUUCUGGCAGUGAGAAGCAUGGGCACACGUUCUUGCGCAGAUCAUCUCUUGGAAGGCCGAUGCGGCAGGCCAGGGAACGAGUCACCACCUACAAGGAGAUGCCUCUCCAUGUUAAACUCAAGAGGCCCUAG